AUCUUCUGCCGCAGCUUCUCUUAGGGUUUCGUCUGCUUUAGUUCAUUUUCUCUUAGACACAAACUCACUGUCCGAAUCUUCAUAUCUCUUCGUUUACUUCUCUUCUUCUACUUUUUGAUUCUGUACUAUCGAAUCAUGGAUUACUGAUUUGUCUUUUACUAUAAACCCAUCAAAGCAAAGCAAUUUCUCCGGUGACUUGUACCUAACUCGAUCUUAUCAGACCGAUAAAAAUGGCGUCUAUGAACCCUUUCGAUCUCUUAGGAGAUGACGCUGAGGAUCCCAGCCAGCUCGCGGCGACUUUGACUCAAAAAGUCGUGAAAGCUCCUGCUGUGCAACCUGCUAAGUCCGCUAAGAUGCCAACCAAGCCGCUUCCUCCUACUCAAGCAGUGAGGGAGUCAAGGAAUGGCCCUUCAGGAGGCCGUGGUGCUGCUGGUGGACGUGGUGGUUAUGCCCGUGGUGGUAGGGGUGGUGGAUAUAACCGGGACUACCGAAACAAUGAUGCCCCCGGGAAUGAGAAUGGAAUUUCUGGAGGAUUCAGACCUUCUGAAGAUGCUGAUGGUGCAAGGCGUGGUGGUAUUGGUGCUGGAGUUCGUGGUCGUGGAGGUCGCCGUGGAUUUGCCAAUGGUGAAGGUGGUGAUGAACGCCCAAGGAGGACUUACGAGCGCCGUAGCGGGACUGGUCGUGGUUCUGAUCUGAAACGUGAGGGUGGUGGUCGUGGAAACUGGGGAACUACUGAAGAUGAUAUUGCUCCAGCUACUGAGGAAGCCACCACAGAGGUUGAGAAGAGCCCUGCUGCUGAGAAGCAAGGAGGUGAGGAUGAAACUGAUGCAAGCAAAGAAGCCGCUGCUGCAGAGCAAGCACAGAAGGAAGCUGAAGACAAGGAGAUGACUCUGGAAGAGUAUGAGAAAAUUCUGGAAGAGAAGAAGAAGGCUCUGCAAGCCACAAAGGUCGAGGAAAGGAAAGUGGACACCAAAGUGUUUGAGUCCAUGCAACAGCUUUCCAACAAGAAGAAUACCGAGGAAGAAAUCUUUGUCAAGCUGGGAUCUGAGAAGGACAAACGCAAAGAUGCUGCUGAGAAGGCUAAAAAGUCCUUGAGCAUUAAUGAGUUCUUGAAGCCUGCUAAGGGAGAGACCUACAACCCGAGAGGUGGGAACCGUGGAAGAGGAGGCCGUGGUGGUCGUGAACAGAGAGGUGGAGGAAACCAAAGUCACCGAGAAGCUGCUGCCCCGGUGAUCGGAGACACUGCUCAGUUCCCGUCGUUGGGCAAGUAGAGCCCCCUCUUGGCCACUCAGUCCCUCUCUUCUCUCUUUGGUUGAAUUUUUUGUUCGUAGUUUUAUUAUUGCUGUUACACUCUCAAAAAUCUUUUCUGCAAAACCUUUUCGUUUGGCUUUUUAAGUUAUUAAAAAUUUAUCAUGAUCCUUCUA